UGUACGUUCUUUGUUUUGUUGCAAAUUGUUUUUUGUUUACUUGUACUUAAUCUGAAAUAAUCUUCAGUUUAAAUUUUUGUGUAUAGUUUGGUUUCUUUCAUCGAAGGAUCCUGUUAUAAAAUUUGUGAUGAAUUGUUUUGUUUUGCCUUAUCAAAGUUGCGUUAUUUUUAUCGUAAAAAAAAUCUAAACAUAUCAUAUAUUUCAUUUUUGCAAAUUUUGUAGUGUCUGUGUUUGUUCCUAUAGUAACUUUAUGGGUAAUAAAUUUGGAAAGACAAACAGGUGACAAAGGCUAAACGAUGACGGCGAACACCAAAGAUCCACAGCAGCAGAAGCUUCCACCAGCGACGAAGAAGGUCGCUCCCGAUGGUGGCUGGGCGUGGAUGGUCUGCUUGGGAGUCAGUUUAGUUAAUUUUUCGACGAGAUCUCUGGAGCCGUCUUUCGGUCUCCUAUUCAAAGACUUGUUGGAUGACCUUGGGGUCCGCACAACGGGUGCGUCCUUCAUCGCUAGUACUUUGGACUCUGUAGUAAAUUUCUCCGGCUUCUUCGUUGGUCCCGUUAUAAAGACGUUCUCAUACAGAAAAGUUUGUUUCGUCGGUUCAACGAUAUGUGCCCUCGGAUUACUGUUCACCGCCCCGGCGAAGAGUAUCGGCCAUAUAUUGGCGACUUACAGCAUUUUGGGAGGGUUUGGCGUAGGUCUAGCCUCGUCUUCUUCUUUUGUCUCCCUCAAUCACUAUUUCUCCAAGAAGCGAGGACAGGCCGUGGGUUUGUCCAUGGCGGGAACCGGGUUCGGUUUGAUGGUGAUGCCACAACUAGUCAAAUUACUACUGGGAGAGUACGGGUUCAGAUGGACCGUAGUGAUACUUGGGGCCCUGGCGUUUAACGCUGUAGUAGGAUCAUGUCUCCUUCAACCAAUCAAAAGGCAUCUAAAGGAAGUACCCGUGGACGCGGAAAUGCAAAACAUUAAAGAGAUGGAAUGCAUUAUGGAAAGCGACGAAGAAAACGAAGAUAAAUUCGAGAUCAAUCCUCUCGUCACGCAUCCGAUGCCGAAACUAACAACGCAGCGUUCCCACUCUAACAUGAAUCAUCCUUCGGUUCGCACGAUAGGGAUGCCCCGCGCUAAGACCUGCGAUAAACCGUUACAAGAUUUUGAGAAGAACUCGAAGGUGUACCCGGGGCUCACCACCGCGGCCUCUGUGGGCGUGAUGCCGAGAGUGACAUCUAGCGGCAGCAUGAACGAAGCGGCGCGCAGAAGGAAAGUCUCCGUCAUCUCCAACAUAUCAAACAUGGACUUCACGGGCAGCUAUCUACAGCUCUAUCUCGAUACAGCAGACGAAGAAGCGAUACAAAUGAAGACAAUAAAAAAAGCCGAGCCCGUAUCGGAAAAGAAGGGCUUCAUUAGACGAUUCAUAGAUCUGAUGGAUUUAGAUUUGCUAAAGGACUGGUCCUUUCUGAACCUAAUCCUAGGACUGGCUCUGUUUUGGAGCGGCGAGUUGCAGUUCAGGAUGUUGACCCCGUUCUUUAUAAGCAAUUUAGGUUACAACAUGGACGACACGGCGUUCUGUCUGUCGAUGACCGCGAUCUCCGAUAACCUGGUGCGGCUGAUCCUACCACCGAUUUUCGACAGAACCACGAUAUCGAAGAAAUUGAUAUUUUUUAUAUCCUCGUUUUUCUUGGCCGCCACUAGAUCAGUACUAGCCGAGCAAACUGAAUGGGUGUCGCUGAUGAUAUGGCUGUCUAUAUGCGGCUUCUUCCGUGGGAUGUGUCUCAGCAACUUCACCCUAACGAUAUCCGAGUACUGUCCUCUGGAGAAGCUGCCCGCCGCCUUCGGACUGCACAUGGUCAGCAAGGGUGUGCUCGUCGUAUUGAUCGGGCCAAUGAUUGGAUACGUAAGAGAUUACACGGGCAGUUUCGCUCUAUGCAUUCACGUGCAAAACGCAAUGAUAAUGUCCUGCGUUUUAGUUUGGGGCAUCGAAUACGUUGUAAUGUUAACGAGACGCAGGAAGAUCGUCCAAAUAUAAUAAAUAACCUGUUUUAUGUUUAUUAGUUAAAAUGUAAACGCAACGGGUGAUGUUCUGUGAGUAUUUCAUGUAGACACGCGCUUCGGGACGAUAGACGAAGUACGUAGAUUGAGAAGAACGUAGUCUUAUUAUAUUUUU